AGGGGGAGGGGAGGCACGAGUUCAGCCCGAGAUGACGGAAGGAAUCUCUUCCGAGAGGCCUGACGCGUCCGGAUCCCGUCUCCCGGGGCUGCAGGUCCCCCCAGCCUCUGGUGUGCCCACCAUGUCUGAGGAGCCUCUUAGGCCGUCCACCUCACCCCACACACCUUAUACCCCAACACCCCACAGCUGGGUGCUCGGGCGGGAAGUGAGAUCCUGGCUCGUCCUCUACGGCUUCGCCGUCACCCUUCUACUAAAGCCUUCACUGUAAACUUGCACAAAUUUUUAUUUCUUCCCCCUCUCAAGGAAUUGAAUUGCCUGGGUUAGAGUCUGGUGGAAUCGGUCCGCGUCCUCCAAGUUCCAAGGACUCCAUGUUACCCUGAAUGCAGAGGAAUGGGGGAUGCCACUGUCCACUUGGACUCAUAAGCUGUGUUUACCUUGGCCCCAGGGAAGGGAGUGUGUGGGCUCCUUGGACCACUAGCCUCAGAGGAUGGCAGCCAUCGAUCUCUGCCAUGGCUUUGUUUCCAGAGAGGCUGUCCACAUCUAUGAAGAGGAGUCAGUGGCAGAUGGGACAGUGGCUGACUGCCAGGAAAGCUAUUCCCAGGAGUGUGUGACCUUUGAUGAUGUGGCUGUGGAAUUCACCCCGGAAGAGUGGACUUUGCUGGACUCAGCUCAGAGAGCCCUGUACCGGGACGUGAUGUUGGAGAACUACAAGAACCUGGCGGCAUUGGGGUAUCAGUUCUUCAUGCCUCAUGUGAUCCUCUGGUUAACACAAGAAGCACUGGGACCCAUGGAAAGUGCAGGAAUUCAGGAAUUAGAAGAACAACCUAGAACCUGUGGAUCAGAGGCUCAGAAUUGUUUUAGGAUAUCAGCUUCCAGUGGGAUACAAAUGGCAAGCAGCUUCCCCAGAGUGGAUCUGGGUGACCCUCCGCUAUGUGCAGAAGGCUUAGGUGGACAGUUGUGCCUUAAUAGACCUGUGAGAAGGGAGAAUCAAGGGUUCGUGUCUGAGGGCAACUGGUGUGGAAAACAUACGCUUUCUUUGCUCAAGUCAACCCAUCCAAGACAGAACGAAUCUGAGUUUCAUCAGUGUGGAAAUCUCUUGGGCCUUUCCCAGAAUAGUAUAUACCAGAGAAGAGAGAAGAGUGAAAAACCCUUUGAGUGUACAGAUUGUGGUGACGCCUUUUUUAACCAGGCCUACCUUCCGCCAGAUACAAGGACUGAGGAUAGAGAUCUUCAUGAGUGGGAAAAAUAUGGGAAUAGAUUCCUUCACUCCAACUUGGCUGUGCGACUUCCUGUUCUCAGCAUGAGAAAACCCUACAAGUGCGAGGACUAUGGGAAGUAUUUCACCUGCCUUCAAAACCCCAUGGGACUCUGCCCAGGAGACAAAGUCUGUGAGUGCAAGCAGUGUUGGGGAGCACUCAGCAUCUCCACACACCUUUCCCAGUAUGUGAGCCUUCAUCCUCGUGCCCAUGAGAAAUCCACAACGUGUCAGGAAUGUGGGAAGUCCUUUGCUAAUUUCUCCCGCCUCUCUGCCCAUGUGAAAACCCACAGUGGAGAAAAACCCUUCGUGUGUAAGGAGUGUGGGAAAUCCUUUAAAAACAUCUCGUACCUCAACGAUCAUGUCCGGAUCCAUACAGGAGUCAAGUCAUACAAGUGUGUGGAGUGUGGGAAAGCGUUCUUGCGGUGGUCAGGCUUGACCGAGCAUGUCCGAGUUCACACUGGAGAGAAGCCCUACGAGUGUAAGGAGUGUGGCAAAGCAUUCUCACGAUCCACGCAGCUCACCGAGCACUUGCGGACGCACACUGGCAUCAAACCCUAUGAGUGCAAGGAGUGUGGGAAAGCCUUCACACAGUAUUCAGGCCUCGCCACCCAUGUCCGCAUCCACAGCGGAGAGAAGCCCUUCGCCUGCAAGGAGUGUGGCAAGGCCUUCACCAGGACUUCUGGCCUCAUCCACCACGUCAGGACCCACACCGGGGAGAAGCCAUUCGAAUGCACUCACUGUGGGAAAACCUUUAUCACCUCAUCCCACCGCACGAAGCAUCUGAAAAUCCACAGCGGGGAAAAGCCGUUCGUGUGCAAUAUCUGUGGGAAAGCAUUCAUCUACUCCACGUCGCUCAACAUCCACAUGCGCACGCACACGGGUGAAAAACCCUACAUCUGCAAGGAGUGCGGGAAAGCCUUUGCGGUGUACUCCCGCCUUCGGAAACACGCGAGGGUCCACACUGUCGAGAAGCCCUAUGAAUGUCAGGGCCUGGGGGUCGCCAUUUAGCCCACCUGCUGCCACCUUUCAAUGCCAACGGUGUCACCAAAGAGUAUCAGAUUAUUAUUAUUGCUAGUCCUGGGGCUUGAACUCCAGGCUUGG